AUGAACAGGGUUACUGGCCUCAAUCCAACUGUCAUCGAGGAAGCCACAGUGGGAUGUGGUGAUCAAUGCGGCGGCAGCUCUGUUGAUCGUGCCUUCUUACGAUGGCUUGAGGGUCGCAUUGGAACGGAAGACUUCCACAAGAUCGCCGGCUGCAGGAGUGAAGAGGUCAAAUACACUUCGUUGGAGAAGAGAGCUGCUACUAUGCUCCAGCAGUUUACGUCCGGCCCUAAAGCAGGUUUCACUGGAACCGAGUCGUACAUUAUGCCGUUGCCGUUCCCGUUAAGCAGGAUCGAAGACGACGAAUCUCGUGGAAUCAGCGAUGGAGAGAUUACUGUCACGCCUGACGAUAUGGCGAGUAUGUUCCAGAAGUCCCUCGCCGGCACAUACAAGCUUGUCGCCAAGCAAUACGGAGCGGCUACUAAUACCAAGAAGAUCAAGAUGAAGGCAAUUGGUCCUCUGUCUCUCGAGGGGCAGUCGCUGUCGGUCUGGAAGCACAGAAGCCAGAGCAAGGAGUUGUCCAGAACCGGAAGUGUCGCAGAUACUAUGGCAUACCUGCUACUACGUCGUUCGAGAGUGGAGAGCAUCGGGAAUCCGACGCCUACAUCGACAGGCACACCGGUGAAAAGAGGGCUAGAAAUCAGGCCAGCUGGUUGCUCAGCAAAGGGUGUGUUCUCCGUCGUAGUCCUUACGAUCGACUUGUCCAAAGUUCCCAAGAAGGAGUUCAAGGCCAAGCGAUCUCCGGAUAGGAGCCAAUACCACGAGAUCAGUUUCGACGUUGAGAUCUCUAUCCAGUCUGCUCUGCAGUUCUCUUGCUCAGUCAAAGGUAAGAACGUCGGCUCCAUCACUGCGAAGUAUGAGUAG